AUGAAUUCGAUUGCAUCAGUUCUGACUAUAAUCUAGCAAUUUAGUCCUUAAGAGUAACUCAAUCUUAGACUUGUAUCUAAAUUUUUUGAACUAGUCUACUUUAAGAAUAGAUAGGAAAGUGUAGUACUUGAUUUGAAUUAUCCUCAUUAAUAUUUCAAUCUUGAAAGGAUUCAAAAACUUGUCACUACUUAUGAUGGCUUCAAAAUUAACAUAAGAGAUUUGACUUUUAAUGAUAUCGAGGUACUGCUUCCAUUAUUUUCAGGUCUUUUGGAUGUUUCUUAUCAGAAAAAACUCUAUUUAAACUUUAAAGAGACCACCUGCAAUUAGGAUUAAAUAAAUGAGUUAAUUUAGAGAUUAGAGAAUAUCAACUUAAAAAUUUACUAAAUAUAAAUAUUCUGGCUCUCCACAUUGAAAACCUAUUAUGAAUUUUCAUUAAAGGAUGAGACAUAUGAGCUUCACGCUAUGCAAUAUAAAUGCGAAGAACUUUAAAUAGUGAACGCAUCUCUGAUCUUUUAGAGGGAUCAUUUAGUCCUACCAUGUAAAACACUGAGUUUGAUUGAAUGCAGUGUUGAGGGAAAUCCAAAUAUUGUAAGAUACUAAAAGUUGGGAUUUAAUAAGCUAAUAAUAAACGGAAUGUUUGAUGAUAGUUGCAUCGCAUUGUUUCAUGAUUAACUAAGGGAGAUAAUUUUACACGAACCUGUGGUGUUUAAUGCACAACACUAUAUUGAAAAAGAAAUUGAGAAGUUAAAAGGACUAGAAUAUGUAGAGUUUACUCAUUUUUAAGGAUAGUAGAAGAGGCUCACUCCACUCAAUCGAAUAAUAGAUAGGAUACCUAGUUGGAAAAUUAGAGGCCCUAAAAUGCUGGUAUGUUUAGAUAUCAAUUUCAUAGGUUUAUUUAAAGGUGGAAAUAGUAAAGAGAGGAUUAUGGAAUGUGAGAAAGUGAUUAUUGAUUCUAAUGUGAUUAAGGCGUUGAAAAUAAGUUUAGUUUGGGAUCCAUAAAGUUAAUUUGAUAUGGAGGAUGCCUAUUAUCCUACAAAAUCUUUCAGGCUUGAUGAAAAAAUUCUAAAAAAAUUUACUAUGAUUAGUCGAGCUCUCCUCGACUAAUCAUAAACAAGCAUUAUUUUCAUCGCAAAAUGUGUUGAGAAAUAGGAUGAGGUUUAAAGUGAGUAAGAAUGA